CGAUGAAUCCAUCAUGGCUUGCUUGUCGUCUUGACGAUGUUGCAGCCUAGUAGCACGUCUAAGCAUAAUUCUAUGUGCGGUACAAAAAUCCCGCAUCCAAAGACUACGAACUUCUCCUACGAAGAGCAAGGUGAAUUCAGCACGCCACCUGCCAAGCGUGUGAAACGUGAUGCCGCCGGCGAUGGCUCGACCAAAUCGUCUCCCAGCAAGACUAGAACUCCACGGAAGGUGGUUGCCGACUCUGACGACGAGGGCUCCGUUGAUGUCGUCAAGACGGAAUCUGUGCCUACACGGACAAACCUCGAGACGGCCCUUCCACCAAUCCAGACUGAUGCUGAAGCGAUAGAAGCAUACGAGCUAUCACGAGCCGCGGAGGUAGCAGAGACAGACCCUCAGACCCGACUGGAUGAGCGUAGGUGGGUUCGAGGCAAAAGCUCGAUAUAUGUGGACGCCUUCAAUCUGGCUCUCGAUACUGUCUUGGAGGAAGAGAGCCAUCUCUUCGAUACUGCAGAGCACAGAGUGUUCACAGAAUGGCGCGAGCUGUCGUACGAAGCCCAAUAUCUAUACGUUCGACUUUUCCUGCGGAAAACUGCGAGUUGGCAUCGUAUCAGUCGCCUUGGUUAUCACAGCGACGUUGCCGACCUCAGCAAGGCAAUAGAUGAUUUGCAGAGGGAGGUCUCAUUGCCAAAUUGUUCAUCUACGACACAGUCGAAUCCGGGUGAGCUGGAGCCUCCCGAAGACACAUCUUUGGGCGAGAGUUUCGCAUUCGCAGACAGAUCCCAGGAUAGGAUUCAGACUUUAGAGGAAGCGUCGUCCCUGCUGCUCCUGGACGAGCUCAAGAAUUUGGCCAAAGAUGUCAAGGUGCAAGGGAAAAACAAGAGAGAACUUCUCUCUGCAUUCAGAAGAACGAGCGUGAAACAAGCUGGUCUCGGCUUUUCGUCCUUGAAGCGCUCAGAGACCGAAGAGUCAAAUUUGUCAAUUGACACGGAUCAAGAGAGUGAAUACAGUCGCGAAGCCACUCCAAGUAGGCUGGAGAAUCGUGAUUCUCACUUCAUCGGCAAAAUAUUGGCAGAGACAGGCCCAUGUAUACGUCUCGCGAUGCCAGCCUUGAAACUCUUUGAACGGGUUCACCUCGUGUUUUAUCGAUCUACGGAAUGGACCGAAAAGUCUCUCACGACGAUCAUCCUGGCGCGUAUCGCGCGGUGGAACUUUCCUGAGUACAUAGUCUCACGAUCUGCGAACAUUUUCGCCUCUCGCUCGUACUUACUAGAGUUCGAAGCAGCGAUUCGGACCCAGUAUAGGGUAGACAAUGUUCUUGAAUUUAAUGGAACCCCAACGAAAGACACACUCAGUACUGUCUUGGAGAUUUACGACGAUGUCUAUCCCCGCUGGAAAUUACUUUUGGCAGAGGAGCAGACCAAGGAGGACAGCCUCUACAGCACCGGGGAGGGCGCCUACUUGCGCCGCCUUUCCCCAGCUUGGGUUUACACAAGGAUCGUUCACAAAGCAGCUUUUGUGAUGGGCAAAUUCAAAGAUCAUAAGCGCGAACAUGCCCUGCUCUGUGAGCUUCUUGAGCAGCGCCUCUUCCAUACUUCACGACGCGGAGACUGGUAUCAGCGAAAGGCUCUGCUUGAGGAGCACUACAUGUACCUUCAUUCAGCAUCUCCAGCAAGUUGUUCGAACGAAGAUGCUCAAAAGAAGCAUUGGAAGAGAGUAGCGCUCCAAACGUGCGAGGACGGCCUGCAGGAUCAGCUCACGCAUCUCAUUUUCCACCGUGACCUUCAGAAGCGGACAAUCAAACUCGAGAAAUCUCUCAAAGUAGCAAAGAGGCAGCAGCAUGAUUUCUCCCACGUCAGCCUCGCGAAGCCAGCAGAACGAACAUUCGAAGGAAUCCGUAUCGAGCGGCCACCAUCGUUGAUAAGGCGCCGCAGUAGUGAUCAAAACAUCAAAUCUGACAGGCGCGGUGCAAAAACUAUUUGGCUUGAUCCGGCGCUAACCGAAGUCGAGGGCGAAUGUAGCGUCGAAGAGAUGUGUCUUUCGUCAUAUCGUGCACUUGGCUGGAAAGGCUACCACAGCGAAGGACGAAUCCUGCGUACGCUGUUCGCCUACCUCUUCUACGACGUCCUCUUUCUCUAUAUUCCAAACAUUUUUCAAACGCCCUUCCAAACUUGUCCACUCGACUUGCACACCGACGCCUUCUAUCCCUCGCGCAUUUCAGAAGUCAACUUGCGUCUGAACGAAAUCAGCAAUGGGUCCGCUGGCUCGCUUAUUCGCGGGGUCUGGGACGAACAUCACGAAAGGCAGACGUGCGUCGUAGGUCUGGACUGGUCGUACGCGCUCGACGAUCUCCUCGAGAUAGCUGCCUGCUUCCCACCUGCUGCUUUGAGCACGGUCAUGAAAGUCAUGUCUCAAGAAUAUGCGCAGCGCGGUGGAGGUGUACCUGAUCUUUUUCUUUGGCGGAACAAUACCGAUGGUAUUCCGGGCGAAGUCAUGUUCUCUGAAGUCAAAAGCGAGAACGAUCGUUUGAGCGAUACUCAAAGGAUGUGGAUUGACGUGCUGUCAGGAGCGGGUGUCAACGUUGAGUUGUGUCAUGCUGUAGCAAGCGAAGUAGGAGUACGAGCGGCUUAG